AUGAAUUCUGUCAAGAUCUCUGGAAGUGGAACAAAGCUAACGGAAGAGGAGGUUGUGGCCCAAGCGUUCGUAGUAUUCAUAGCAGGUUAUGAAACAACGUCUACUGCUUUGGCGUUCACAUGUCAUCUGUUAGCAACACAUCCCGAAGUACAAAAUCGUCUUUACGAAGAAAUUCAACAGGAAAAGGAUUCAGAUUACUCCACUGUACAAGGACUCCAGUACUUGGACCAAGUACUCAAUGAAUCUCUUCGAAUGUACCCACCUUUAACAGGUCUUACAACCAGAGUUUGCGAUCGAGAUUACGACACAGGAUCCUACACGAUUCCAAAAAGAUCGAACAUUUUAGUUCCAGUAUGGGACAUCCAACAUGAUCCAGAAAUUUGGCCCGAUCCUUACAAAUUUGAUACAGAUCGCUUUUCUAUGGAGAACAAAGGAUCAAUAAAAAGCAUGGCCUUCCAAACAUUCGGAACUGGCCCCAGAAAUUGCGUUGGUGCUCGUUUUGCUCAGCUGGAAGCAAAAAUGGCGAUUUUCAAACUCUUGAAAAAUGUGAAGUUGCAAGUCUGUGAGAAAACUGAAAAUCCCCUCUCUUUGCAUUGUAUUACUGUGGUUACGUCGCCAAAGAAUGGGUUUUGGCUGAAAGCUGAUCCAAGAAAUUAAAAACUGAAAUGCUUAUUUUAAAAAGCGAUGAAAUUAAAAAACAUAUGGCUACAAGCUAUUCUCAAACUUAAUUGAAUGAAAUUUUUAUAUUAUUUGUUUUUCUAGGGAGUUUAAGUGUUGUAAAAUUUUGACGCAAGAGUCAUUAUUUAGUGAAAGAGUUACAACAGAUAUAAAAUACACGAUUGCAAGACUUACGAUUCUUGUUUUUUGGAACGAUUUUUCCCGAUUUUGUUCUGUUUUCACCUACCAAUUUAGAAUCAUUGCUUGAAGUAACGUCAUAAGAACUUACGCAAACUGAUAUAAAUAUGAGAAAAUAUCAUUUCCUCAUUCCUCAUAAAACUUUGACGAAUGACUAUGAAGACCAAUCACAACAAAAAUAGAUUUAUUGUCGUCAAAACCUUUUCUUCAUAGAGGAGGUUGAAAGUGUUUUCGAAAAUAUUAUGGAAAAUAAAAUGGUAUUUAAAGUGAAGUUUGAAAAAUAAUAAAUUUUAUUUGAGAAAG